AUGGGCCAUGGGAACAACAAAUUACUUCUUCUCGCUAUAUUCAUGGGAAUUAUCAACUUUUCUCAAGCACAAAACUCGCCACAAGACUUUGUUAAUGCCCAUAAUCGAGCUCGAGCUCAGGUUGGUGUGGGGCCCAUGACAUGGGAUAGUCGUGUGGCUAGUUUCGCACAAAAUUAUGCCAAUCAAAGACGUGGUGACUGUCGGAUGGUGCACUCCCAAAACCGUCCCUAUGGUGAAAAUCUUGCCUCUGGUUCAGGGUUUGUCAUGACCGGUGUAGAUGCUGUGAACAUGUGGGUUGGCGAGAAGGCCAAUUAUGAUUAUAAUUCAAACACUUGUGCUCCGAACAAAGUGUGUGGGCAUUAUACUCAAGUUGUUUGGCGCAAUUCGGUUCGUCUUGGUUGUGCAAGAGUUCAAUGCAAUAAUGGUGCAUGGUUCGUGACGUGCAACUAUGAUCCCCCCGGCAACUAUGUUGGGCAAAAACCUUACUGA